AUGAACCAAGAAACUCCUCCAAAUCUGUACAACAAAUGGAAGCAGAGAGAGGUCCUUCUUAUUCUCUUCUACGCCAUCGCCUUCUACGCCUAUACCAUUUGGAAAUCGCUUCGUCUCUCCCACGAUCACUACUUCAAGCUCUACGGUUUGGCUCCUGGCUGGCUCAUUCCUAAUCGCCGCAACGAUGUCUCCGAUGCUCAAUGGAGGAACUUCCGUGGGAAUUUGCCAAUUCUCAGCUUUGUUUUUGCGAUUUUCACUGUGAUUGCAAAUGGUUUUAGGUCUUUUUUCCAUUUAAAAGCCAAAGGAAUGGCCAUCUUGUGGCUUUCCUUGUCACUUUUCUACUUGAUCUACUUACAUGGAGCUUGCGUCAUUUAUAUUCUCUCGAUUGCAACGGCUAAUUUCCUUCUUGUUAAGGUUUUUGCACGGACCAAGUACUUCCCUUUCAUGCUUUGGGCGUUUAACAUAUUUUUUCUCUUGUGCAAUCGCAUUUAUGAAGGAUAUUCAUUCUCCAUUUUUGGGCGGCAGUUCGAAUUUCUGGACAACUUUCGGGGCACAUUUAGAUGGCAUAUAUGCUUUAACUUCGUUGUUCUGCGCAUGAUAAGUUUUGGAUAUGAUUAUCACUGGGGUCAACUGGAUUCUCAUUUUGAUCAGGAGAAACACGUAACACGCUGUUCCUUAUGUAAGUUGGGGAAGACAUGCUACGUACUUCGACAGGAGAGAGGUCUAGCAAGUGACAGCUGCAGUUUUUCUCUAUACCUUUGUUAUCUGGUGUAUGCACCCUUGUACCUUGCCGGGCCAAUCAUAAGCUUCAAUGCAUUUGCUUCUCAGCUAGAUAUGCCACAGAAUACUCAUUCAUUCAAAGAUGUUGCUCGGUACGGAUUGCGUUGGUUAUUCAGCUUGUUGCUAAUGGAACUUAUGACACAGUUCUUCUAUUACAAUGCAUUUGUGGUCAGUGGUCUGUGGAGAGAAUUAUCUCCAGUGGAAAUAUUUAUCGUCGGAUACGGAGUGCUAAACUUCAUGUGGCUUAAGUUCCUUCUUUUAUGGAGAUAUUUCCGCUUCUGGUCUCUGGUGAAUGGCAUUGAAACUGUUGAGAACAUGCCGAAUUGCAUUAAUAAUUGCUACAGCCUGGAAACAUUCUGGAAAACCUGGCAUGCUUCAUUUAAUAGGUGGCUUAUCAGGUAUAUGUAUAUUCCUCUGGGUGGAUCACGAAGAAAGCUUCUGAAUGUGUGGGUUGUAUUUACAUUUGUUGCUGUGUGGCACGAUUUAGAAUGGAAGCUUCUUUCAUGGGCAUGGUUAACAUGUUUAUUCUUCAUGCCAGAAAUGUUACUGAAGUCAGCAUCCAACGGAUUUAAGGCUAAGAGUGCUUCUGGAGAAUUCCUGCUUCGUGAACUCAAGGCACUGGCUGGUGCAGCCACAAUCAUGUGCCUCAUGAUCGCAAAUCUUGCUGGCUAUGUCAUUGGACCAUCAGGUAUAAACUGGUUGGUCUCCAGCUUUCUCAAGAGAGAAGGCAUACCUGUCCUGGUGGGCGUGUUCUUUAGCCUUUACGUGGGUACAAAGCUGAUGUUCCACAUCCAGGACCUGAGAAGUGGGGUAGAUAGCCCGAACAGUAGUAGUCUGGAUGAACACAAACCACCCACAAUUGAUGAAACCACAUUCAAUUCUUUGAAAGUCCUCCCUGUAAAUGGGAUUAUGGAGUUUGAUGAAACGGAGUGGUUCACAGAAUUCAAUGGAACAAAGGUGUUUCAUACUGAAAGUGACGUUUAUUCUGAAGCUAAGUUUCCAAUGGUAGGACUCACUCUCAUUCAGUCCGCUGCUGCUAAAGGAGCUGUGUGCCUGGAUGGAAGUCUGCCCGGAUAUCAUUUGCAUCGCGGGUCUGGUUCUGGAGCAAACAAUUGGCUCGUUCAGUUGGAGGGAGGUGGAUGGUGUGAUACCAUUAGAAAUUGCGUAUAUCGUAAACGAAGUCGUCGUGGAUCAUCAACAUACAUGGAGAAAGAGAUACCUUUUACUGGAAUUCUAAGUGAUAAAGCCGCGGAAAAUCCAGAUUUUUAUAACUGGAAUAGAGUAAAAGUGAGGUACUGUGACGGUGGAUCCUUUAGCGGGGACAGCGAAAAUAAGGCUGCACAACUUCAGUUUAGAGGAAAGCGGAUAUGGUUAGMUGCUAUGGAAGAUUUGAUGGCGAAAGGAAUGCGUCAAGCCAAGCAGGCUCUGCUCUCUGGAUGUUCUGCUGGAGGUCUUGCCGCUAUUUUACGGUGUGAUGAUUUCCGGAAUAUGUUUUCUCCUUCUACAAGAGUGAAAUGUCUGAGUGAUGCUGGCUUUUUCCUCGAUGCCAUUGAUGUCUCGGGUGGUCGAUCUCUUAGGCGUCUAUACGCGGGUGUGGUAAAAUUACAGAAUCUGGAAACAAUGCUCCCUAGAGACUGUGUAAACCGUCUUAAUCCAACUUCGUGUUUUUUCCCACAAAACCUAAUCAACCAAAUCAAGACUCCAUUGUUUAUUCUAAAUACUGCGUAUGAUUCGUGGCAGAUCCAAGAGAGUUUAGCUCCCAAAUCUGCAGAUCCAAGUGGAAGUUGGAAUGAUUGUAGACUUAACUACGCCAAGUGCAAUGCAUAUCAGAUCCAGUUCUUGCAAGGUUUCAGGACUCGUAUGGUGAAUCUGAUAAAAGGUUUUGCUCAGCCAAGUAAGAACGGAAUGUUUCUUAACUCGUGUUUUGCUCAUUGCCAAACAGAGAGGUAUGACACAUGGUUCACCAAAAACUCUCCUGCGGUUAAGAACAAGGGAAUUGCGGUAGCAGUGGGUGAUUGGUAUUUCGAAAGAGGAGGAGCAAAGCUCAUAGACUGUGCUUAUCCUUGUGAUAAGACUUGCCACAAUUUGAUUUUUAGAGGAUAA